AUCAUGUGAGGUUCCAUUUUGACACCAGCUGACAGCUACAGAGUUAGUGGUCGAUAUUCCUAAAAUAUCUUCAAUCGGGAUAUUCCAGCAAAUAAACCAUAAAAAUGGCAUGUACGUUUUGUGGCCCUAAACUGUCGCUAUGCGGGCUCGUAUUGAGUGUAUGGGGAAUCAUCCAAUUGACGCUGAUGGGCCUCUUCUAUUACGUUGGUGCCGUCGCCUUACUUGAAGAUCUUCCCCUGGGAGAGAACCACCACGAUGUCGAUCAUUUCAUAAAUGAAGUGAAAUAUAGUUACAAUCAGAAUGCAACCAACUGCUGGAUCGCCGCCCUCCUAUACGUGGCCACACUGGUCAUCUCCGGCCAUCAGUUUUGGAUGAACAACCGCUCUUCUGUUAGCAUGUAAAUGGAGUGUUAACGUAUGGUUGCACUGUUGUUACGUUGAGUAAUUCCAUUCCAUUUUUAAUUUAUUUUAAUUCUUGAGAUGUGAACAAUAAGUGAAGUAUUAUUGUCAACAAUAAGUACACAACACAAUUUGGACACAAAUUUUAAAUAGUUUGCAUCUGUGGUGAUAACCACUGUACCAAAGUAAAGAGAGCUUUUAUCUUUUGGUUCUCAUGAAACAUAUCUAAUUCUAUUUUGGUUAUUGUUGCUUGAUAUAAUGUGAAAUGUUCUUACUUGUGCUUAGGUCUCAAAAUGAGUGCCACUCAAUACCUAUCUAGGACAGCAUGAGUUAUACAACUAAAGCAUUACUUAUAUUUUCAUCUGUUGAAUAGAAGGUAAAGUUUAUUGAAGUAAUUGAAGGAUGUAGACCUGCUAUUACAUUAAUAUAUUUAAAACCGUUUGAUCCUUAUAGUAAUAAUCAACGAUUAUACAUUUAACUAUGUAUGAAUGUAUAAAUUAGGUUCUUAUGAAUUUAAUUUGUAUGGCAAAAA